AUGGCAAAAUAUUGUCUAUCCUCCUUCUUAGCCUCCGCCGGCUACGAAUCCGGCCGCGCAGAUCGUGAAAUCAUCGUCGCCGCCAUGUCCGAAGACGAUACCUCCUGGUUAUACGAGUAUCUCCCGGACUGGGGGAAGAAAAUCUACAUUGUCGAUAACCCCAAUGCAAAACUAACCGUACCGAAGAAUAAGGGAAGGGAGUCUAUGGUAUACCUGAGCUACAUAAUCGACAACUACGACCGCCUCCCAAAACACAUGGUCUUCAUCCACCCCCAGCGCUACCAAUGGCACAACGACGACCCCCUCUACGACAACGUGCCCAUCAUCAAAAACCUCCAGCUCCCCUUCUUAUCGCAGCAGGGCUACGUAAACCUCCGCUGCGUCUGGUUUCUCGGCUGCCCUGUCGAGAUCCGCCCCUUCACCGACACCCAGCGCGCAGACAUUCACGCCGGCGCGGCUUUCAAAUCCGGCUUUGAAGAGCUGUUCCCCGGCACCCCCGUGCCCAAGGAAGUUGGCGUAUCCUGCUGCGCCCAGUUCGCCGUCACGCUUGACCAGGUACAUAAGCGGCCCAGGUGGGAAUAUGAGCAUUUCCGCGAGUGGCUACUCAACACCCCGCUACCGGAUGAGCUGAGCGGGCGCAUCUUUGAGUAUUUGUGGCAUAUUAUCUUCGGCCGCGACUCCGUCCACUGCCCCACCGCCGAAGAUUGCUACUGCAAGCAAUACGGCUUAUGCAACCUCUCAUGCAAAAGUAAGGGCUUCUGCGACGGCCGCUACACCAUCCCCCCUUAUUCAACCCUGCCAGACGGCUGGCCCGAUUUUGGCUGGGAUGGGAACCCGCGGCGUCCUGGUGACCCGAUACCGGCGCGGAAAUUCCCGAAACAGAUGCAGCAGCAGCAACAACCGGUGGUUGGAUGA